UUUCGGUACCAUUCCCGAAGGGUACUGUUUACCUCAGUUGGGUCACAACAAACGAAGAAAUUAAAAAAAAGGAUUCCUGCGAUUAACCAGCCUCAGCGAUGCUGGUUUUACUGCUCUUUUCGACGGUUUUCAUUGCGGAAACGGCACAAAUCACCAAGGACCGGGACGCGGCGGCGGGGGGUUUCAAUCAAACGGGCGGCUCCUUCAACCCCCUGUCGGCGCUGGUCAAGUGUUCUUUCCUGCCGCUGGAAUUUAUGGAGUGCGACGAUGUGCUCAACCUCAAAGGAAAUCGCACGGCCCGGGACGAGCAGGGCUAUGGGUGCGUUCGAUUUGGCGGCGUCUACUACGACGAGGUGGAAAUCACGAAAGUGAAAUGCACGGUGUACGACAGUAUCGAGUGCUACGGACCGCGCGAGUUCAUGCGAGAUGGAUUUCCGUGCAUUAAGCACACGGAUCACUACUUUGUCACGACGCUCCUGUACAGUAUACUGCUCGGUUUCCUCGGGAUGGACCGGUUCUGUCUCGGCCAGACGGGGACGGCCGUCGGUAAGUUGCUCACGCUCGGUGGCAUCGGCAUCUGGUGGAUCGUCGAUAUUGUGUUGCUGAUCACCAAUAAUCUGCUGCCAGAGGAUGGCAGCAACUGGAAUACGAAAGUGUAACAACCGAAGAAUGAAUAGCGAAUUUAGAAAAAAAGGUGCUUCUUCUUAUAUUCUGUUACAAAUAAGAGAAGAUUGCAUUAAAAUCUUAUUAGCUAAUUUGCACGCGCGUUUCGCUAUCCUAUCCUUUGUACAGUUUGCGUUAGAGGGUGGUAAAAACUAGUGUUUUUCCCUGGGGGGAUUUGUAAAUAGUUCUCGAUCUUUGAUCAUGCCCUGCCUAAAGAUAAGAAACCUAAGUAUAAUAGAGCAUGGAAAUUAAAGAAUAAAAUGCCUUUCAGCACAAAUGAACUGGGUAUUGAACUGGGCUACCGCUCGCCUCGUGUAGGUGGGGAACACAAAAUUGAUAUUCAAUAUUUUUCCUAAACUAAUAAAUUGAUCGAUACAGCGUUGUUUGAUCGA